GUCGCUCUUCCAACUGCGUCUUGACACCGGAAAAGAGCGCUGUUUUCCGAUCUGGGCAGAAAUCACUUCCGCCCGGCUAGAAGCGACCGGAUGUAGAGCUGCCCCUAGUUUUCAGGCGCUUCGUUUGGCUAGAACAACAUCCUAACAGCAGACACAGCUUCCACGGGUCCACUAAAGAUGCCAGGCCACCCCUCCCUGCUGUUGCUGUAUGUGGGCUUGGCCUCCUGCCUGGAUCCUUCAGCCAGGACGCAGCAAGGCCCAGAAGUGUUCCUGGGCCCUCCAGAAGCCCGGAGUUUCCUGGGCGGCCGUAGGCGGGUGCCGAGAGCCAAUCGCUGGGAUCUGGAACUGUUCACACCAGGGAACUUGGAGCGGGAGUGCUACGAGGAGCAGUGCUCCUGGGAGGAGGCCAGGGAGUGCUUUGAGGAUGACACUCUGACGAAGCAGUUCUGGGAGAGUUACCCCUACAAUGGCAAAGGAGGGCGCAGACACAUCGAUGUGGCUGGCCUGGCUGUGGGUCUCACCUGCGGCAUCCUGUUCAUUGUGCUGACCGGCCUGGGAGCCUUCUGGUACCUGCACUACCAUCGGAGCCGAAGCCAACAGUCCUGCCCCCAAGAAGCCGGGCUCACGAGCCCUCUCACUACUCUGAGCCACCUGGACACACCAACGACGUCCCCGCCUCCACUCCCACCCCCGGGGCUCCCCACCUAUGAGCAGGCCCUGGCGGCCUCAGGGGUACAUGACGCACCUCCGCCCCCUUACACCAGCCUAAGGAGGCCUCACUGAAGAGCGGCUGGAUCCUCGGCUUCUCCAACUGUGCCCAC